AUGUUUGAUCCUAAUCGAAAACCUCUUUUACCGCAGGUGGCCAACUCAGCACAGCGAUUGUCCAUUACUCAAACGCCUGUAGGAGGACGUGGGCCACCACUUACAGGAUAUUCCUCUCUGCGGUCUUCUAGAAGCGGUAUAAACAAUGAGCGGCGAUAUAGUUUGGCGAUGAGUGGUGUUCCCUCUACAGCAUCAAAACGGAGCAGUUCAUUUUUCAAGUCAAUAUCGAAUCCUGGUGUUGUCAUGGAUCCUCGCAAUCUCAACGAUCGUCAUGUUCAGCAACAAAUGCAACGCAAAGUUUUGCAAUAUUUGCGUGACGAAAACUAUCCUCAGACUAGCGAGAAACUUGUCAAAAAUCCGACGAAAACUGAGUUUGCGCGGGUGUUUGAAUUCAUCUUUCAACAGUUAGCACCUGAUUUCACACUACGCAAAAUUGAAGAUGAGAUGCCUCGCCUUUUUCGCACCAUUGGCUAUCCGCUGCAGCUUAAGCCUUCUACUAUGCAAACCAUUGGUGCAGCGCAUACCAUGCCAUAUCUUCUUGGAGCUAUUACUUGGCUAAUUGAUUUGAUUCAAAUGAUUGGGGAAAUAUCACCACAAGAUUUACUCCUUGCGAAUGAAGAAGGGGAUGGUCAGAGAAGAUCGUUGGCUUACGGCUACAUGGUUCGAUGUUAUAAGAAAUACUGCAGUAAUCCACUGCUGGGAUUCAUUAUGGACAAUUACAAAGAUGAGAAUAAUGUCCUCCUUCAACUUGUUGAAGAAAGAGAAGAUAUCGCGUCACAGGAAGCUGAAUUAGAUGCACAAAUUGUCACAUUGACAGAAGAAAUUGCAGAGCUCCACAAGGAUAAAGGAGAGAUUGAUAAGCUUCAAACGAGCACUAAAGUGCUGGAAGAGGAUUUAGGAAAGAUGCAGAUAUUUAAGGAUGAACAGCAGGAAACACUUGGUGAAGAAAAAAAGAAAAAAGAAAGCUUGGAAGAUAAAAUUCAACAGUACAAUGUAAUGAUUGCUAGUCUUAAAGAAAAGCUUUCUGCGAAAGAGAAGCAGUUAGCAACGCAGUCAAUGACCGGUGAAGAAGCAAGAGCUCUUCGUGUUGGGAAAGAAGAGUUGAAAGUUCGAAUUGAAAUAGCAAAUAAGGAGCGACAAAAUAUUGAGCUCGAAAAUGACCGAAUUCUUUCGGUCAAUUUUAAAGAAGCUUCUCAGUUACGUGAACGUUAUCGAGUAUUUGUCAGAACCUUCGAGGAUGUAAGCAGAAUGGUGUUUGGGGCGUAUGAUCCGUUCAUUGAUGUGCUGGAUCAAAAUUCUCCGAAUGAACCCCAUUUUGUGGAAUAUCUUAAUAAAAUUGAAGAGAAGUUGGAUGAACUUAGCAACGAAAUUAACAGUUGGAUUAAGAAUACGGAAGAGAAACUAAUAACCGUAAACAAGGAUGUGACUGAACUAAGACAAAAGCAAGCAUUUUCAAUAGAAAAUUUGAAGUGUAAUCAGCGACAAAUUUCAAAAAUGUCUCACGAUUUUACGCUCAAGCGUGAGGAUUGGGAAGAAGAACGUCAAAAGACGUCAUUGGAAGUGGAUGUGGCACAGAGUGAGCUUGAUAGCUUGCAUGCUCUCCGCAAUGGAAAACUUUCCGUGCAUGAACAGCUUGCGGAAGUACGAAAAACUCUGCAAUCUCGACAAAUCGAAUUUAAUGAAGCAAAGAAGAAAAUUGUGAAUGAAGUGGCAGUGAAGUUUUCGAUUUUAGUGGAACAGUGGGAAAAUCUUAAGAAAUGCCAACUUCAGUUACGUGACGACGAAAAGCUGUUACGAGAAGCUUUAAAUAAUUUCACUGAUGAUUAA